GGGGCCCUCAGGGAGGGGACUCACAGCUCGGGACAUCCAGGCGAGAUGACAGGCGUCUGGCUGCUGCUGGCGUUCGUGGCCGCGGCCAACGGCGAGAGGCUCUUCAUCGGGGAUCAGGUCAUCAGGGUCAAUGUACAGUCGAAGGAACAGAUACAACUCCUGCAGGCUCUGGAGACGCAACAGGAUUUGGAGCUGGACUUCUGGCUCCACCCGGUGUCCACCGAGCUCCCCGUGGACAUCCGAGUCCCUCGCUCCAGCGUGAGCUCCGUGACGGAGCUCCUCUCCGCCCACAGCGUGCCCUACUCCGUCAUCAUCCACGACCUGCAGGACCUCCUCGAUGAGGAGAAAGCCGAGAUGGUGGAGAACCAGAUGAAGGAGCGCAGCACCAGGGGCUUCAACUUCGGAGCUUAUCACAGUUUGGAGACGAUCUACAGCUGGAUGGACACUCUGGUGGCUCAGCACCCGAAACUCGUCACCAAGCUGGAAAUGGGUCGCUCGUAUGAGGACAGGCCCAUGUACGUGCUGAAGUUCAGCACUGGAGGGGACAAACGUCCCGCCAUCUGGAUGGACACUGGUAUCCACUCCAGGGAAUGGGUGUCUCAGGCCACAGGAGUGUGGACAGCCAACAAGAUCGCCUCUGACUACGGCUCCGACGCGUCCCUGACGUCCCUCCUGGACACCAUGGACAUCUACAUGCUGCUCCUGGCCAACCCCGACGGCUACGCCUACACCCACUCCAACGACCGGAUGUGGCGCAAGACGCGGUCCAAGAACCAAGGCUCGGUGUGCCGGGGGGUCGAUCCCAACAGGAACUGGGACGCAGGCUUUGGCGGCCCCGGGGCCAGCAGGAACCCCUGCUCCGACUCCUUCCACGGCCCCUCGGCCCACUCCGAGGUGGAGGUGAAGAACGUGGUGGAUCUGGUCACCAACCACGGCAACUUCAAGGCCUUCAUCUCCGUGCACGCGUACUCCCAGUUGCUCAUGUACCCGUAUGGGUACACCUGCAAGAACGCCAUCCAUCAGCCCGAGCUGGACUCCGUUGGCAGAGCGGCGGUGCAGAAACUCACGUCGCUACACGGGACCAGUUACAAGGUCGGAAGCAUCUGCAACAUCAUCUAUCAAGCCAGCGGCGGCAGCAUCGACUGGUCUUACGACCUCGGCAUCAAGUACUCCUUUGCCUUCGAGCUGAGGGACACCGGUCGCUAUGGUUUCAUCCUGCCGGCCAAUCAGAUCGUCCCCACCGCCUCCGAGACCUGGCUGGGCCUGAAACACAUCAUGGAGCACGUCCGCGAUCAUCCCUACUGACCCCUGUGACCUGUGGAAAGAGGAUGGGCUUUAAACAUGAUCUGACUUCACAAUAAAGUUGUGACCAUAUCGUUA